AUGCCGACAAAAACUCAAAACACAAUUCAAAGCUUGUAUGGAGGGUCAAACCCUUCUGACCAAAAUGCAUAUACCGCACAAUCAUUGGCUAGAGAAUGGUCAAACUAUAACCAUCCUUACAAAAACCACAAUCCUACUGGCACCAAGCCUAUUUACCAUGCGGAGGCAUUGAGCCAUGAAAUAAAAUCUUUUAUACACCUGAGAAUAGGUCACACUUCAAGAACACAUUCUCAUCUUUUAAAGGGCUCCGAUAAACUCGGGUAUAUACUAUGCAACUCUAACAUGACGGCGACCCACAUACUAGAUGAAUGCAUUAACCUGCGCCAAAACAGGUCAACUAUAUUCGGUAACAUGAAGCCAUCAAACCUUCUUAAAGUACCAAGUCUCGUUAACAUCCGGGCUAUCAACAAGUUUCUUAAAUUAUGUAAUAUUAGGGAUAUUUAAUAGAUACUAAAUGCUGUAAAUAGGCAUAGUCUGUAAAUGUAAAUUCUUAAGGUACACAUUAUGUUCAAUAUUGACAG